UCGAGUCGAGUUGGCAUCAAAGCAGACUGUAUCAAUAAUGACAGAGGAAACGGUAAUUCUUCUAUUGCUAGUGAUUGUUAUGUUAGUGGGAUCCUAUUUAUCUGGCAGUAUACCGCUUGUAAUGAAGCUGAGCGAAGAGAAAUUAAAAUUUGUUACUCUGCUUGGAGCUGGGUUAUUAGUAGGAACGGCUCUUACUGUUAUCAUACCUGAGGGAAUACGUUCAUUAUAUAUGGAGAAUCGACGAAUACACACAGUUGACGCAGAUUCUACGCAUAGCGAGUCACACUCACAGGAUUACUCACGUACAAUCGGAUUGUCUUUGGUGUUAGGUUUUGUUUUCAUGAUGCUUGUCGAUCAAGUCUCGCAACAAAAAUCAUCCAAAAAGGGUUCUGAGAGUGAAAAGAAUAUAACUGCAACUCUGGGAUUAGUUGUACACGCAGCAGCUGAUGGAGUCGCCCUUGGAGCUGCAGCUACAACAAGUCAUCAGGACGUUGAAAUAAUAGUGUUUCUAGCUAUAAUGUUACACAAGGCGCCAGCGGCAUUUGGUUUAGUUAGCUUUCUCUUGCAUGAGAAAGUCGAGCGACAACAGAUACGAAAACAUUUGGCUAUAUUCUCACUUUCAGCACCUUUGUUGACGUUACUUACAUAUUUCGGAAUUGGCCAGGAGCAAAAAGAAACACUUAACUCUGUAAAUGCAACCGGCAUUGCUAUGCUCUUUUCAGCUGGAACAUUUUUGUACGUAGCCACCGUACAUGUAUUGCCCGAAUUAACACAUACGGGGCACAUCGAGCAACAUCACAAGAAAGGUGUCUCUAGUUCCGGUGCUGACUAUCAUUUAUUAGAAGAAUCUCGUCAAAUUAACUUAAGUGAAAUGAAUAUUGUAGGGACCGGAUCAGUGCAAGCCAUAAGUUAUGGCGAACUUGCUAUUAUGAUAUGUGGCGCUCUUCUUCCACUAAUCAUCACAUUUGGGCAUCAUCAUUGACUGCAAAAUAAUUGAUGUGCAUACAGCAUUCCCACAGCGUACUCUGUAAUUUGUAAAUAAACUGUCGUUAACUGUAUAGAUUUUCGAUGCAAAUUCAUUAGGUGAUUUUUUUUUUACAAAACAACAGUUUUAAUA